GAUCGGACGCGUGGUUCUUUGUUUGUUUGUGCAACCCUAUUUUUUGAAGCAAAACGGCUAGCACUGGCUUAAGACGAAAAGUCAAUCUAUACUAACCGAGGUGAAAACGUCUCCCGUUCGCGAUUGAACUGAUAAAACGCUCUAAAUUUGUACAAAUUAAAAAUGAUUGUAAAUUCGGUGAAGCCGUUGGUUUAUUACUUCAAAUCGAAAAGUUUCAACAUUUUCGAUCCUGUCUUCAAAAUGCAUACAAAAUUGACAGUUUACUUUUUGUUAAUCUGUUCCUUUGUCAUUUCUGGCCAUUCAUGGACUGGGAAACCUUUGGACUGCCUUAGCAAUGACAAAGACCGUAAAGCCUUUGCCGAAUUAAUCUGCUGGGCCAAUGGAACAUUCACAGUACACUCGCACAAAAUUGUCGGAGGUCGUCCCGUCGAGGAACGUCAUUACUAUCACUACUAUCAAUGGGUCGUCAUUAUAUUGUUGGUCGAGGCUGGAUUGUUUUCCAUACCAGAGCGGCUUUGGAAAGUGUGGGAACAUGGACGAAUCCAACAGCUAUGCACUGGCCUAAACUCAGACGUCCUAGUUCCAGACGGUGACGACUACGAAAAGAAUAAGAAGCGUGUGGUGAGCUACUGGAAACUGAAAAAUAGUCGCAUCCAUGGAUCGUACGUUUUCCGAUACGUGUGCUGCGAGGUUAUGAAUUUCCUGUGCGUCGUGUUGAACAUGUUCAUCCUCAACGUCGUUUUCGAUCGAUUCUGGAGUCGAUAUUUGCCGGCUGUGUUGUCACUAUUCACCACAGAAGGACCCACAUUUUCUACCCUGGCAGCGGUUAUAUUUCCCAUUACAGCCAAAUGCAAUUACUCUGAUUUCGGCGCAUCGGGAUCGGAGCAGCUCCACGACCAUCUCUGUCUGCUCACGUUAAAUGUCGUCAACGAGAAGGUAUUCGCAUUUCUGUACAUCUGGUACCUACUGCUACUGUUCGUAUCCGGAUUGAAUCUGAUCUGGCGCAGUUUAAUUCUGCUAUCGCCAAGCCUUCGGCUGAAAAUCAUUCAGUCGUCAACGAAAUGGACGGAGCAAGUGUCGGAAAAGGAGGUGAAAAAGAUUUUGGCCGUUGACAACAUUGGUGACUGGUUCAUUAUGUUUUUGCUCGGACAAAAUUUGAAUCGGUUCGCGUUCAGAGAAAUUUUAGACGAACUGGCCGAGCGCAAAGAAUUGCUGAAUAAUGAUACGGUUUAAAUGGCGCACUGGCAUCGGCCGCAAUGAAGACGCAUUCAUUCGGCUCAUCCAGAAUUUAUUUAUUGCACAUACUCGAAUUUUCUUUUUCUUUUUAUAACAAAUGAACUAGCCUCGCGUAUCCCGAAUGUCGGGAAGCAUAAAUCGAACGUAUUCUACUCGACCUAAUGAUAAUACGAAAUUAAAACAUUUAUGUCAAUCAGUAAAUGCUC